AUGAAGCAAAUAAUACGGCCAUGUCGAAUAUUGUGGAAUUUACAACAGCAGAGGAAUAUGCUUAUGCUUACAUCUGAUAUUUCGGUUAUUCGGACAAUAGCAUUAUCAACUAGUUAUGCAUCAUUAGAGUCAGUAAGAUAUUUCUCACAACAAGGGCAGCAUCAGUCAAAACCAAGAAAUUUCUUGAAAAAUUUAUUGGAUAAUAUACGAGAAGAAUUUGAAAAAAAUAAGGAAUUGCAGGAAAAUAGGCGACAAUUGGAUGAAAGAUUGAGAAGUUUAAAUGACAGCGAAGCUCUAAAGGAAGCCAGAAGGAAAUUUGAAUUAAUCGAAAAAGAAACUCUGAAAAGCUCACAAGUUAUUCAAAACAAGAUCAAUGAUGUUCGCAACCAUAUAUCACAGAUGAUAGUAGAAGUACAGAAAACUGAAGCGGGAAAGAAGCUUUCCUUAGCUGCAGAAGAAGUGUUGAAACAAGCAAAGGUUGCUGCAGAAAUGAUCGAGAAAGCGGCAGAGCAAGUUGGGGACAAUCAAUUGUAUCAGAGUGUUAGCUCGUCAGUGAAAGUGAUCAAGGAUGAGGUUGAUAAUAUUGUCGAUGUACACAUGUAUACUCGACCAGAUCAGUUAAAAAUGCGUUCAGCAUCCUCCUCCACGUACACAGAUCGCGUUAUAGAAGCUAAUCCAAAUGCAACUGGUAUGGAGCUUCACAAAGAAUCUAAGUGGUAUGCUGGAUGGAAAACUUUCUCCGAAAAUAACGCUUAUUAUAACAAAAUUUUGGAUUGGAAAAUGCGUCUAGAUGAAAGCGAUAAUUUGGCAUUGAGAUUGGUACGGGGUGGUCAUAGUGAAAUAUCAGAAGUGCUUUCUGAAAUCCAGAAAGUUGAUCCAAAUUUUGAAAAGAAUGAAUGGUUACGUUUUUGCGAAAAGGAAAUAAUUCCGAACGUUCUGGAAGCAUUUAUUCGUGGUGAUUUGAAAAUUCUCAAAGAUUGGUGCUACGAAAGAGCUUAUAAUAUUUUAUCAGCAACUGUUAAUGAAUAUAAAAAGAUCAAUUUUAAUACAACGGACAGUCGUAUCAUCGAUAUCAAUAGGGUUGAGAUGGUUACUGGUAAAAUGAUGGAACACGGGCCAGUAAUAAUAAUUACAUUUCAAGCUUAUAUGGUAAAUAUUGUGAGAAAUAUGGAGGGAAAAGUUGUCGAAGGUGAUCCGAACAGUCCGGUACGUGUUCAUCAUGUAUGGGUAAUGUGUCGUGAUAUGGAAGAGUAUAAUCCAAGAGUAGCAUGGAAAGUGCUUGAGGUACAUAUGCAGAAGGGUAGUCUAACAUUGUAA